UACAUUUCCUUCUCGGUAGCUACAAUCUGGAUCUAUGAUUAUGCAUGUUCACUUCAUGAAGAGUGGACAUUUUUGCUUCGAUCGCACUGGAGCAAGGUGAAAUGCCUGUAUAUUGUUACGCGAUACCUCCCCUCUAUCCUUCUCGCCGCGAAUCUAUAUUGUGCGUUCCGCUCCAGCACACAUCACCCCGACAAUGAAUUAAUACUUGGCUACUACUUUCCUCUCACAGGUCUAUCUAUAGUAGCAGUCAUGUGCUCCGAAUGUAUCUUUUGUUCCUCCGUAAGAUAUGUGUGCUUCUGAUCUGAUCCAUCCAGGUUUUUUAUCCUCAGAACAUAUGCGCUCUGGAACAAGAAUAGGAUCUUGCUCGCAGCCAUGCUGAUCACCUCUUUCAUUUUUCUCGUAGCAUCCUUCAGCGUUGAGUUCACCG